CCAUCACAUCCAACACCACAACAACCACAACACGCAAUCACAACAACCACAUCCAAAAUGUCUGACUUCCCGAAGCGCAGCGCCGCUUUCAACCCCAACGCUUAUCGCAGCCAGGCUGCGUAUAACGCACACAAAGCCUCUUUGCGCAACGACACCGAUCUUCCGAAGAAGCAACCGGCCGACUUUCCGAAGCCGACCGGUCCCUCUAACCCCAACGGCUACCGCAACCAGUCUUCUUUUGCCGCGCAGAAGAGCACUUUGCGUAGCGACGUCGAUCAUCCCGAGAAGCGGUCGCCCGACAUCCCGAAGCCCGAUGCCUUCAACCCUCAAGCCUAUCGCAGCCAGGCUGCGUUUGACGCACACAAGAACACUCUACUCAGCGACGCCGGCCUUCCCAUGAAGCAACCGUCAAACAUGCCGAAGGCCAACACUACCUUCAAUCGUCAGGCCUACCGCAGCCAGGCUGCGCACAACUCAAACAAGAACAUUGCACGUGGCAGCACUCAUCCCCCCAAGCAGCAAUCCUCGAAGCAGCAAUCCUCGAAGAAGCAGUACCAGAAGCCUCAGUUUCACAAGGCUCAGACGAAGCGUUCCAGCAAGCCGGCCGAGGGCUCGAGCACCCAGACCAGUGCCGAUGAACCUCAUUUUAUGUCCGACGCUGAAGUCAAGGAGUGGUUCCGCCAGGCGGAACUCGACUACGAGAGGAAGAAAGCGGCCGGACACUACGAUAACUAUGUGCCCGCGGGAGGUCAUACUCCCGACUUCAGCGCUUUUCGCGCGAAGUUCUCCGCAUCCAAGGCCGAUGUUCCUGGCUUAAAGAACUCCAUGCAUGCGCCGCUCAAGGCCUCCGAGCAUGCUAAGCCCCAGGGCGGCAAGUGAUCACCACCACGCUCUAUCAGACUGACAAUCGUCAUCAUCGGCUCUGGAGGUAUGGGGGAAACACAUGGAUAAUGGCCAGGGCUGGGGUUGGAAGGGUAUAUAGUUAUGACAGCCAUCAUUUCCACCCAAGACAAAGCUGGGAAUCAAGUUAUCACACAGCGGUUUUAGCUUUUAGAGCGAC